CAGCAAGUUUGGAGAGCGUGUUGAGUUGAAUCAAUUCAGAACGUCGCGAUGGAGCCGAACUCACUCAAGUGGGUGGGCUCGUCUUGCGGCUUACACGGACCGUAUAUAUUUUACAAAGCCUUCAAAUUCGCGAGCCGGGCCGCCGAGACUCGGAUCCUGUCGCUGGGGGACUUUUUCUUGGUGCGCUGCAAGCCGGACGAGCCCGUGUGCGUCGCCGAGCUGCAGCUUCUCUGGGAGGAGAGGACGAGCAGGCAACUUUUGUCCAGCUCCAAACUUUAUUUCCUACCCGAGGACACUCCGCAGGGACGCGGCGUCUCCCACGGCGAGCACGAGGUGAUCGCCGUGUCCGAAAAGGUGAUCGUGCGCCUCCAGGACCUGGUCAAGUGGACCGUGCCGGACUUGUCGGGAUGGACCCAUGGUCUGAAGGCGGAGCCCCUCAAGGGCUCGGUGCUGCGCGAGCUGAGCACCAACGGGCAGCGCGAGGCCCUCCACCGCUACCGCGAGAGCACUCUCACCAGUGGUCUCAACUUUAAGGACGUCCAGCGGGAGCGGGCGCACCUCGGCCAGGAAGAGGACGGCAGGAAGGUGCUGGUCCUCAGCUACCCGCAGUACUGCCGCUUCCGCUCAGUUCUGGUUCGGCUCAGGGAGCAGCCCACCUCGCUGCUGCUCAACCACACGGUGCUGGCGCUGGGCGGCAUCGCGGCGCUGGGCGGCAACACCCGGAUCCUGUACUGCCGCGACACCUUCGAGCAUCCCACGCUGUUGCAGAACGAGAGCAUCUGUGACGAAUUCGCUCCCAACCUGAAGGGGCGGCCCCGCAAGAAGAAGUUGUCCAUCUCUCAGAGGAGGGACUCCACAAGCUCCACGGCGAUGACGGCUCAGGACCCCAAUAGCUUGGAGACCAAAAGUCCCAAGGUCAAAGCGAGCUGUAGAGCAUUAGCCAACGGCAAACUUAGCUCUGGCAAGCUUAGCUCCGUUCCCAAACACAGGAAGGCGGCGCCGCCCGAGGAGAAGGAACGACUGAAGGAGAUGGUGGAGGAGAGGAGUGAGAAGGAGGAGGCCAGGGAUUCCUCCUCCCUGGCCUCCCUGGAGAAGGAGGAGGAUGAGGAGCAGGCGGCAUCAUCCUCGUCCGAGGAGAGUCGAGAGGACGAGCAGGCCUUCCUGGUAGAGCUCUACAAGUACAUGAAGAAGAGAGACACGCCCAUUGAGAGGAUCCCCUUCCUGGGCUUCAAACAAAUCAACCUUUGGACCAUGUUUCAAGCAGCUCAGAAGCUGGGAGGAUAUGAGCUGAUCACGGUCCGCAGGCAAUGGAAGCAUGUGUACGACGAACUGGGUGGCAACCCUAGCAGCACCAGCGCCGCCACGUGCACGCGCAGACACUACGAGAGGCUUCUCCUCCCGUACGAGAGGCAUCUCAAAGGUGAGCAGGACAAGCCCCUCCCCCUAACCAAACCCCGCAGCCAGGAGAAGGUGCCGUCAGCCAAGGCCAAAGGCGUCAGGGCCAAGAAAGCCAAGGGCCCGACGGGUGCCAAGCAGGCAUCCAGAAAGGAGCGCGGGGAGGCGGCCAAGGGCCAGCAACAAUCACAGGAUUCCAAGGUGAAAGGGGAAGUGGCCAUGAACCUCGAACCGCCGGCUGUGGAUGAACCCAUCGUCAUCGAGGAGGAGGAGCUUCAUGUCACGCUGAAGAAAGAGGAGUCGUUGGCCGGGGAGCCGCCCAUGUCGCUGUGCCCAAAAGAGGCCGAUUCCAACAGGGCCCCGCUCGCCCCUCGGCCCGUCCACGCAGCCACUCAGCCUGAGUGGAGGCAGAACAGCGAUGGCCUUCAAGCCGCCAAGACUGAAGUACACCUUGUCACCAAAAGCGCCUACCUGCCUCACCACUGGGACCAGAGCAAACCCGCCGGACAUGUCGCGCUGCCCGAGUCCUCCAUCCGGGGCAAAGACUCCUUGGAGAGUCAUGGCGGGAGAGUUGGCAAGGUGUUACCCAUGUGUAAACAGGAUAGGCAGUCCGUAGACUUGAGGGCAGAUUCCGUGCCAGAGAAGGAGGACUAUGGGUUAAUCAGGAAGGAAACUCCCGCACAGAUGGCCGCCUACUGCAAAGCAGGUCAAGGCGUCAUGUCUCCUCUAGCCAAAAAGAAGCUCCUCUCCCAAGUGUGCGAGUCAGCGUCAUUCUCAUUCAUGUCGUCUCUCCAGCCUCCUCUUGCUCCCGAGAGAGACACGGACAAGAGGAAAGGCGAGGAGGAAGGCCAGAGGCAGCACAUGUCCGACAACAUCCCGGAGGCAGCGCCGAUGUUCCGUCCGUCGGUCAUUCAGCACGCGCAGAGCAGCAAGCCUCCGCAGGAGAGGAGCAGCAACCACCUCCUGCAGCCUCACGUCACUGCCCCGUGGCAGCCUUAUCUCCCUAGGACGCAGGACCGGGAUGCUGUGGAGAACACUUCGGAAAAGCUUCUCCAGGCUCGGAGCUUCGCCGGGGACUGCUACUCAUCCCCGCACCUGCACAGUCUGUACAGGCAAACGGAGAACUGCCUGAGCCAGGACAGGAUGUCUGGAUACUCCAAUGGAGAGCGGCGGGAGCACUUCCCCAGGGACCGGGAGGGGGGGCAGGGAUUUGUUUUUGGAGGCCUGGAGCAGGAAGGCCUCGCUUACAGAUCGCACUACAGCGACGAAGCGCAGACUCGAGGGGAGAGCAGAGAAGCAGAGGACGAACCCAGAGACUUCACCAUGUCCAAACCGCUUUCCCAGCGGGUGUCGACCUUCUCCAAACCCUCCUUCUGCGGCCUCCCUUACUCCAUCGUGCACCAGGGCUUGGACUCCCACCCUAAGGCAUGUAGAGUUCCUCCCAUGACCAUCUCGCCUCCCAAGCAGGACCCGUCACCACCCUUUCUCAGUCCCAAAUCUUCAUCUGACUCAUCCCUCACCAGCCCCGUCCGACCCAGUAAACGAAGCCUCGGGGAACCGGAGGGCGAGGAGGUGCCGGAAAGGAAGGUUCGCGUCGUGACUCCGAUCCACCCGGCUACCGCCAUCCGACGCAGCGACCCGGAGGAGCUGAAACUCGCCGAGCCGGCCCACGCGGUCCACCUCAACAACCACCUUCCCGAGGGCCACCCGGCCACCACUUACCCCCUGCCUCACGCCGCACCCCUCUACGCCGGCAUGUACCCGCCCGGCAGCCUGGUGUCGCAGGACGGACUCCAACAACACCCGGGCCUGCAGUAUCUAAAGAGCCAGUCGGCCGUGUCCCCGCUAGUGCCCCCCUUAGCCUUCCACUCCAUGAUGCUCCACAGGCAGCUUCUGGCCUCUGCCCCCAGCCCGCACCACUUCUUUAGGCACCCGGGCGGGGCGGCUCUCUACGGGGACCUGCUGCACCACCUGUACCCGCUCUCCACCCUCCCCCCGCCACAGCUGUCCUCGGUACACCCCAGCACUAGACUGUGAGGGACACCUGGUUUGUCCCGACUCCCUUUCCCCCUGCCAAGCAGUCGUCAGAUGGAGGGGUGGCGACUGAUUGUAAAACUCAAUCUGUGAGACAGACUGAAAAUUCCAUUAUUUUUUUUUGUAUUAGGUUAUACAUUUGUUUAUAUACUUUGCACUGUUGUGUAUUUUUAUCACCACUUACUGUAUCUUUUUGUUUUUAUCCUUAUUUGCACAAUUCUGACGUGGAUGUGCUCACUUUUGGUUUGACUCUCCGUCGGCGGGAGUCGGGCAGUCGCGCCGUUUUUGUUUACUGCGUCCGAGGGCUAAAACUGUCGCUUGAAACACUACAACAGGAACUUUCGUAUCCAAGAGUCGCCAAAAUAUGUCAAUGUCAUUGGCAUUCAGUGGCUCCACUUUUUUGUUGCCUUUAUACUGCACUGUACCGCCUCGGUUCGGGGGUGGUCAUUUUUCCACAAUAGUACCACAGGAAACUUUAAAAAAAAAAAAAAAAAACACAUUGCAUUAAUUGAAUUGGUUGGACAUGGGACAUGCUAAAAAUAACAAACUGAAAAAAAAUAUAAAAACUGAAAAAAUAAAUAAACAUUUACGGAUAAUUAACUGGCAAAACCUUAGUCGAGUGGUUAGCACGUUCUUCUGUAGUCAGGAGAAGUUUGACGAUGAGCAACGAGAAAUUGGACAGCUGCAGCCGAGCGGAGAAUGCGGCGAUACAAUGUUAAGCUAACAUUAGCAUGCAUAUUUUGAAGACUGAAUCUGCUCCACCUGUGAGUGACAGCAAGUGGCUUUACCUCGGGAAGAAAUAGUACCAGGUAGUACUAGGUCUUUAUGCCAGUGGAAAAGCGGCACUAAUGAGUAGAGCCGAGUGGGUACCGUGCAGUGGAGUGCGUUGACAAAUGUAACCUGUAGAGGUGCUGUGGGACAUGACGUGUCCAAAUCCAUUUCACAUGAAUGAAUGUGGCUUUUUGCUUGGAUUAUUUUUUUUUUUUUAUUUGAAAGAUCUCAUCAAGGAUCUAUGGACUGUAGCAGCUCGUCGCACUAGCGUCAUGAAGCAGCCGGCUGCUGCAGAACGCUUGUGCCCCGACACGCACACACACACACACACACACACACACACACACACACACACACACACACACAAGCAUUUCACCGCUCUUAUUAUUCAUGACUUGAAAAAAAUAACAUUUUACAGUCAAAACAUGCUGAAAAAAGAAACAUCCACUGUAUGAAUUUUUUUUGGGGGGGGGGAGUAAGAAUGUUGACACUUAGGACGCUUUGCAAAUAUCUGUGCCUUUUGCCCGUCUCGCGUUAUUAUUGUUAGCACUAAAUUGUGGGAGGGAGCAGGUAUUAGAAAUUAGUGAUUUACUGUCCGGAUUGCACUUGGGCCACCACACGUGAUUGGUGAGGUGCAAAGUUUGUUAAGAAAUGCUUUACACUCGUGUACAUGUGCUGAAAUUGAUCUAUUUUCUAUGACAGGUGGUCAUUUACACUUUAAAGGAGACAUAUUGUGGAAAAUUUCUUUUUUUAUUAGCUUGUAUACAACCUUUUGAGACCUGCUUGUUUCCCGAAAUGUGGCAGUGAGAGAGCCCUUCUGAAUUGUGCUGAAUUUUGAUGGGACAGCAUGUCUGCUGCAUGCGCCACAUUCACAGAUCCGAGAUGAAGUGCUGCCUUCACGAACUGCAAUCCGUGCUUUUACUUCGCCUUCACUUGGGCUCUUCUGACCUUCGCCCGCUCUCCGUCGCAACCCCCUGGCUCCGGCCCUUGCUCGCCGCGAUGUCAAAAGCAUUGGCCCUGCAGUAGAGCAAGCGGGGUGAGCAACGGCUCAUUUGCACACGACAGCACCGCCCCCUCAAAACAAGUUAACUUCAGCGAGGAAGCAAUCUGUAAUUCUUGUGGAUGAAAAUGAGUUGGCAAAAGAUGCCUAACAUGUCUCCUUUAAAGCACAGUUUGCGUCUGUGUGUGCUUGAAUGUGAGGUAGCAGACUCCAUAAAAGUAAAGCCAAGCGUGUAAUAAUGAACCCGAGGGGGGGCGAGGAGGGGGGGUGGGGGGUUUUACAACCACUAGGCUCAAAUUUGGCCCGGAAUGCCCGAUGUCCAUGGGACACCCUUUUAGCAUUUAUUUAAUAUCCUUGAUAUCCAUCUUAAGGAUCUUGUACUAGUACACUCUUUGUCCUCACUAGUUACACAAUUCAGCGCGCUAGUAGAACGACUGGUAAUUUUCCGUAACAGGGGGCUAAUAGUGUGUGAACCAUGCCUCCAAACGGGGCCUUGUAGUGUUACUAGUGCAGCACAUUAGUUUAGUAGUAAGGUUUUACUGCAUGCUAAUGGGGCAAAAGUGACAGUAGUUGUGGGAUAAAAAUGUUACCAGUAAGUCAGUCGUUUCACUAGUGCGCUCAAUUGUCUUACUAUUGAGAAAAAGGUAGAUGGACUUUAAGAUGGAUAUCAAGGAUAUCCAACUUAAGGUCCAUGUACUAGUAUGCUCCUUUUUCUCACUAGUAAGACAAUUGAGUGCACUAGUGCAACAACUAGUACAUGAACCUUAAGAUAUAGCUAUAUCCUUGAUAUCCAACUACUUGUGAGCAUUUUAGUGCUAGCAGGAUUCCAGGAGGCUACUAGGGCAUGAUCCAUGCCCACUAGUUGGGCCUAGUAGACGAGUGCAGCACAGUAGUUUACUAGUAAGGUUUGAUUGCGUACUCGUAGGCCAAAUGUGGCAUUAGUAGUGAAAAAAGAUUACUAGUAAUACAGUCAUUCUACUCGUGGGGUGAAUUAGUUCACUAGUGAGGAAAAAGCAUCCUGCACUAAUAGACAGUCUAGUCUGUAAAAUGGAUAUCAAGGAUAUUGAAUGAAUUAUCAGAAGUGUUUUCCACGGCUGUGUGCAAAUUCUGUGACUGUCCCCAAUGAACAAGCACUGAAUGUGGCCCUUGUAUGAAAAUAAUAAUAAUAAUAAUAAUAAUCCAUACACGGGAUCAAUUUCAACUUCCCCUUUUCUUCUCUUGCGUUGUCGUCGUCUUGUGUGUGCGCGCGUGUGUGUAUGUAUGUGUGUGUGUAAAUAAAUAGCACUGUAGAUAGCGCACCGCUCUGGCGCGAGAGUGGUGGUUAUCAUAUCAAAACUGUUAUAAUCUGUAAAUAGCAUCAAAGGCAGUAUAUAAAUAUAUAUAUAUAUAUAUAUAUAUAAAUAUAUAUAUAUAUAUAUAUAUGUAUGAGAGAGAGAAAAAAUAAGUCGCUUAGACACAAUCUAGCCUCUAACAAACACUAUGUUUUCAAUUAAGGAUUAGAUUGACUUUUUUGUUUGUUGUUAUGGUUUCACUUUUAAUUUUUUUGUGCAUCCUCAGAAGUGUUUUUUGAUACAGUAGCCAUCUGUUUACCAAUCAGCCAACUGGCGAGCCAGACAAAAAAAUUAGACAUUUUUUUUAUGCUAUGACCUCCUGUAUAUUUAAUUAAAAUAUUUUACUAUCUAAACAGUUUCACUGUGUGUGUGUGUGUGUGUGUGUGUGUGUGUGUGUGUGUCGAUGCGCAGGUGCGAAUGGGCUGCCGCCACGAUUUUGAAUCGCGUUAUCGGUCUGUGAGAUUCCUCCUUCCCCGCUUCUGGGAAGACGGCCAGACAGGCGCAAGUGGCCUUCUGGCUUCUGACUGACUGCACUUUAUAAAAUGACUUAUGUAGCCACCAUGUGGUAGAAAUCUUCUCCAGCAGUGCUUCGCAAACAUUUUAUGCCAAAAGAAAAUAUUUUGUUUUGUUUCUACCGCUUUCUCUUCUUAAUCUGCAGUCGAACAUGGAUUGGUUUCACCAAAAACACUGGUUUCUGACCGAAAGCAGAGAAAAUGACCUCGGCUCGACUUGAACAUCAGCAGGUUUUUUUACACGCCGUUCGUCAUUCAUUCCGUGACCUUUGUCGUCGUUUUUCUCACAUCCAUACUCUGUUCGAGUGUGAGGUGCCUUAACUUGUCCAACUUCCAACAUGUUCAAAAGUUAAAAAUGUAUCACACAUAAAAGUUGAAUAAAAAUAUACAUAAACAGCUUAAAAACUAAAAAAAGAUUAAUGUAUUGAACUAAAAAGUCAAAUACAACUGAACUGUACUUUGCUUACAUGUACAGGGAUCCCACAUAUAACUACUGGCGCUAGUACCAGAAUCACUGCUUUACAUGGACGAAAUAGUUCAGGUCAUCUUAAAGAUGAGCACAAUAAAGUAGGGCAGAAUAGGAAUGACACUAUGUGCUCCCUUGUACGUGUUCCAGUUAAGAGGCGAGGGGCAGCAUUUUGAACCAAAAGUCAAACGAGAGGCUAAAAAGGGGGAAAUAUGUUGAGGGAGGGAAAUGUAAUCCGACUAGAAUUAUUAUUUCCCCCCCCCCCCCAGAAAGACAUUUUUCUGAGAAUAAAGUUUGUAUAUCAGAAUAGAAAUAUACCAUUUUAUUCUUGUAAGAUUACAGCUUUUCACAUGCACUUUUGAACGUGACUUAAUUCCUACAAAAUGUGACGCUUUCGAAAGUCGUGUUAAUAAUAAUUCUAACAAAAACUAUUCGACUGUUUGAUGUUAUUUUCCAAGUAAUGCUAUUUUCCGCAUGACCCGAAUUCUCCUGUUUGUUGAUUCCUCUGGACAACAUUGCUCGGCUCCGUCUAAUGGCACUGACAUCAAAACGAGAGUUCAGAACAUUCUCUGCUCUCAUAAAAAAUAUUCAUUAAUUGGUUGUUCAUUUUCACCAUAAUCCAUGAAGAACACGGUGAGCUGCGUUUGUUAUGCAAAAAAUAAAAAAAUACAAAAUAAUAAAAUCACUUUAAAACACACACACAAUAAGUACAUAAAAGUUAGUGUGUGCGCUCAUAACAUCACAUGAUUGUUCUUUUACGAGUCAAAUGUUGCUUCGGGGGAUGUAAAACUAAUUGAAAUGAUUCCAGCCAUAAAAAGGUCUUCAAAUGAAAAUAAUCACAUUGCACGCAAAAAGUGCGGCCGGGUUUGAACUCGUGUUUGUCUUGCGGAUCCGUUUCAUGAAUAAUUGCCGACGCAUACUCGGCAUACCGAGCGAGCGUGUGCAACAAACGGGGAAUAUUCAAUUGCGCUCGCGCUCCUCCCUCAACCCCGGCGGCAAUCUCUUCUCCCUCCGUUCACUAAAUCCUCUCAUCACGCACACGCAUUCAAGGGCAUUCGCUAUUUUAGCCACACAAAAGAUUCAUUCAGUCUGAGACCAGACUUUUUCCUCUGUCUCGAUAAAAGACAACUUUAUUCUCGUAGAAUUCUUCACAAUUUAUUUUCAAUAUAAUACGCGUUUAUUCUCAAUACAUUAUGACUUUACACUCAUAAAAUUCUGAACAAAAUGUUUUUCAAUCCCCAAAAAUAUCACUAUUUAUUCAUGUUAAGUGGCCUUUCUUUCUGGAAUCUUUUGUGUUAUUGUCAUAAUCCAAUGUUACUUUUUUAUUUUGAAAACAAAUAUUUACUACUUUUAAUAUUAACUCUAAAAUGCUCAAUCAUGAGGUUAAAAAAAAAAAAAAAAAAAGAGAAGAAUAGUUUUUAACCUGGACCUAAAAACACUUGACUUCUGUUGGCAACUCAUUCCCGUUUUUGUGCAGCAUAACACCUAAACUCUGCUUCACCAUCUUUGCUUUGGACUAUUUGACCUGAGUCUGUAGAUCUCAGAGCCCUACUGGGUUUAUAUUCCAUUAGCAUUUCUUUAAUGUAUUCAGGACAUAAACCAUUUAGUGAUUUAUAGACCAGCGGCACUUUAAAGUCUAUUCUAUAGCUGACUGGGAGCCAGUGUCGAGACUUUAGAAUUGGAGUAAUAUGUUCUGACCUCUUUGCUCUGGUCAGAACUCGAGCUGCAGCUUUCUGAAUGAGCUGCAGAUGUUUCAUGCUCUUUUGGGGGAGGCCAGUCAGAAGACCAAUACAAUAGUCUACUUGAGAUUAAAAACACACACAAAUUACACUACAAAAAAAAUACAGCGGUGCCUUGCGAUACGAGUGACCCGACUUUUUGAGAUACGAGCCGCCGUUUCGUCCUGUGUUUUUGCUUUGGCUUAUGAGCGCAAACCUGAGAUAUGAGCGUUGUAUGGUGACAGUGAACUGAACUCACUUCACAACAAGCAGCACUAUGGUAGAUAGUGAACAAUUCUUCCCCAAAAAAUUCUCAUUGUAUUAAAAAAAGGGAAAAUAUGACUUUAUUGUUGUAGCAUGGCUAUUUUUCUUGUAAGAUCAGGAAGUGAUUCUUCAUUCAGGUCAUUCUUUUUAUACCUGUAAAAUUACAUGUUUCUUAUAAAGAUAAUGACUCGUUGAAAGAAUGACUUUAUUCUCAUAGCAUUAUAACUCUUUUGCUAAAAUGUUACAUUUUUUUGUGAUGAAUUAUCAACAUCAUUCUUAAAC